CCCUCUGUACGGCCACGACGCGCACGAGCUGCCUGCAUACACUCACCAAAAUGCGCCAAUAGGUUUGUAAGGCUCAUACCCCGGAUAAUCAAAUUACAUUCGAUUUUUUACACUUUAAAGCGAGCGAUUGCAUCGUUUUCGCCGGCGGUGGUAUGAUCUGUUAACUGUAUAUUCGCCGUUAUUCACCGCGUCCGCGCGCACUGACGCGCUCCGGAGACACCGAGGCAAAAACCACCAGGAGCAGAUCGUCGAGGAGAAAAGAAAAGGUUUCCACAUGGAUAUGAUGAUGAUGAUGAUGAUCGUUUAGACGAGGAUCUGGAUGAUGUGAUGAUGGCUGCGUGAGAAGAGAACGUAAGCAAAGCCAGUGCUGACUGUGAGGAUUCUGAUGGCAAGCAGGAGACUCCCGUAGCAGCGUCCAGUCUGUGUGGAUUACACUUUGAUGCCACAAGAUACCUGAUUCCACAAGUUAAUCGUAAAAAAAGAAAGGGGCAGGACAUGACUCAGUUGCCAUGCAGGCUGCUAUGGUAACAGGCUUUUUCAGCCCCUCCCCCCUCAUCUGGUUGGUCCAACUUUUGUUGUGGCCACACCUCCUUGGACCUAGAUUGGCCGAAGCCAGUCCCGCCUGCCCUGCUCUCUGUAGCUGUUCAAACCAAGCCAGUCGAGUGAUCUGCACCAAAAAAAGCUUAAAUGAAGUUCCACAGAGCAUCUCGUCCAAUACUCGAUACCUCAACCUUCAGGAGAACUCCAUACAGGUGAUCAGGUCAGACACUUUCAAGCAUCUAAAUCAUCUGGAAAUUUUACAGUUGUCUAAAAACCAGAUUCGUCAGAUCGAAGUGGGAGCGUUCAAUGGCCUUCCCAAUCUUAUCACCCUGGAGCUGUUUGACAACAGACUACCACUGGUACCAUCACAGGCGUUCGAGUACCUGAGCAAGCUGCGUGAACUCUGGCUGAGGAACAACCCUAUAGAGACCCUGCCAGCGUACGCCUUCCACCGCGUGCCGUCACUGCGGCGGCUAGAUCUCGGGGAGCUGCGCAAACUCAGUUUCAUCUCAGAGGCAGCGUUUGAAGGGCUGCUGAACCUGCGUUUUCUGAAUCUGGGUAUGUGCGGGCUUAAGGAUGUACCCAACUUGACACCUCUUGUGCGACUGGAGGAAUUGGAGUUGUCAGGAAACCAACUCGGCGUGGUGCGUCCUGGAUCAUUUCAAGGCCUGGUGUCUCUGCGCAAACUGUGGCUCAUGCACUCUCGGAUCUCAGUCAUUGAGAGGAAUGCAUUCGAUGACCUGAAGAACCUAGAGGAGCUUAAUCUAUCUCAUAAUUCUCUGCAUUCGUUGCCUCAUGAUCUAUUCACUCCACUGCAGCAGCUGGAGCGUGUGCAUCUGAACCACAACCCUUGGGUUUGCAAUUGUGACGUGUUGUGGUUGAGUUGGUGGCUCAAAGAAACCGUUCCUGAUAACUCCACCUGUUGCGCACGCUGCCAUGCUCCACCAGGCACUAAGGGCAGGUACAUUGGGGAUCUUGACCAGAGGGAUUUCACCUGCUAUGCUCCUGUGAUCGUGGAGCCACCGACUGACCUGAACGUAACCGAGGGAAUGGCAGCGGAGCUAAAAUGCCGCACUGGGACAUCCAUGACAUCUGUUAACUGGUUGACCCCCAAUGGUACCUUGAUGACCCAUGGAGCCUACAAGGUCCGAAUCUCUGUCCUUCAUGACGGGACUCUGAAUUUCACUAAUGUGACCAUGCAGGACACAGGACCAUACACCUGUAUGGUCACCAACUCUGCUGGCAACACCACAGCGACUGCUGUGCUGAACGUCUCCGCUCCGGACCCAGGUAACGGCUACAGCUACUUCACUACUGUUACAGUAGAAACCGUAGAGACGGGGCAGGAGGGACAUGAUUCGCCAGCUCGGCAGUUUGUCAAUGAGACCUUUAUUAGUUUUCCAGGACCGACGGCCACAUCUGCAUCAGCAGGGCCCACUGGCUCCAUGCUGUCCUCCUUGUCGCCACGAGCCACACGUGCACCAGAUCGACCAUUUACUGUCUCCAUCACGGAUGUGGCUAACCUGUCAGGUCUUGAGGAUGUAAUGAAGACGACCAAGAUCAUCAUCGGAUGCUUUGUGGCCAUCACCUUCAUGGCGGCCGUGAUGCUGGUCGUCUUCUACAAGCUCCGCAAGCAGCACCAGCUGCACAAACACCACGGUCCGGCACGGGCCAUUGAGAUCAUCAAUGUUGAAGAUGAGAUCGGAUCUGCAGGGGGAGCUAGUGGCAUCACUGGAGGGAGCACUGUCCACACGGGUGCAGGAACUGGUGGAGGAAGCGGACAGAGUCCGAGAAUUCAUGACCCUGAGAUCAUGACCCUGCCAAGCGUUGGGCAAUCAGAUCACCUGAACCACUACUAUAAAACGCACCACUUUAACAACAACGUGCUGGGCUUGAACAUGGCCACUGGAAUGCUCAACAAGCCCAUCCCUUCUUCUCAAAAUCAGGCUUCAACCAUGAAAAUGGGGCCUGGCGGUGACCCUGGCUCCAACUCAGGCUCGAUCUCACCUCCCCUGCCAAUUCCCAUCCCAAUGGCGAUGACUUUCCAUGGAACUCUGAAAGGCCUUAGUCACGUUCCCAAUGUGCAGACUGAGCCGCUGUUGCUAUCGAACGGCUCCAAGGAGAGUGUUCAGGAGACCCAGAUCUGAUUUCUCGCAUACCCACGCACUCGCAGAAAGGGGGGAGUAGACUGGAUUUUUACGCCAGAGUGACUGUCAAGUCUUUGACAUCAUGGAACUCCAUAAUCCCUUUCCGACAGAUUCCAUGGAAUAUUCCGUUCAAUGAACAGAGACAGGCUUUUACUUCUGAAGUGGACAUUUGGCACUAUCGAGUACAUAUGUGCCAAAGCAAGCGUCUUUUUUGCAGUUCUUAUGAGUUGUGUCCGCGUAUAAAAAAUAUAGUCUAUAUUAAAGUAGUGUAAUUACUUCAGUGUCAGUUUGCCACAGUCCAGAGACACCGAGUACACACACUGAUGUACAGCAGCUAACAGAUAAAACCUGUAUAAAAGCAUACACACAUUUACACUUCCUGGAGGUUGACAUCAUUAUUCAUCGUACUCACCUCAGUAGGUUGUGUACCUGUGUGUGUGUCUGUGUGUGCGCGCGUGUGUGUGUAUGUGUGUGUAAGGGACAGUAUUACCUGAGACUAAUUCAGAAAUAAAGACUUAAACCGCUGUGAUCCAGAA